UCUCGUUUGCAGUGAUCCGUCGGCCAUACAGCAAAGUGCAACCGGCCUGCAGAUUGUGCGGAGCGUAGGAAAAUGUGGUCCCCAACAGUGCAGUAAUAGUAUCGCUUGACGUUUGUCGUCACGAUCAACAGCGCGGACCGCGGACGCCGAUGUAAAAGAAGCAUGCCUCGGGCCGUACCGGAAGCAGUCGCAGCAAGGUCCCGAGUCUAGCCGGAUGCUUGGCCAGACGGAGCGCACUCAGUAAACGGCAGGCAGCAACAGUGUUGACAGUGUUGGAGAGAAAAGUGAAGACUGUGUUACAGCGAGAAGGUCAUCGGUCCAAAAACUCUCUCAGUGGUCAACGGGAGUGUAAGAAAUCGAUACCAGACGACAAGGACACUUGGUGACCCACUGAACUGCAGCUGCAAGGAACCCGCGGUGAAUGAUCUCAGCAUUUCGCAACCAUAUAACGGCGUGGUUUAAAGCAGCAACCAUCAUCAUGUCUAAUACAACAGGAUUUUUUGAUGAGAUCGAGGAGAGCCUACAGUGCGUCGGAGGUACGGCCGGUGCCGUCGCCCUGACGGCUCUCGCCGCCGGCACAGCCUACUACUUGUCGACCCGACCAGUGCCGGACAAACCGCUAGUGCCUCUAGAUAACCAAUGUCCAAUAGAAGACGGACCGGAACAGAUACACGUCUCAAAGUUCUACAAAGAGGCGAAGGACGGCAAGUUCGUCAGCUGCCUCGAGGAUGACGUGCGAACACUGUACCAGUCCUUCCGCAAGGGUUCCCACGCGUCCAACAAUGGGCCGUGCUUGGGAUGGCGAGACAAUCUGCAGUCACCAUAUCAGUGGAUGAACUUCAACGAGACGCUGCUGCGCGCGAAAAACUUCGGCUCCGGGCUGAUCUCACUGGGCCUGCGGCCCGGACCCGCCACCUUCAUCGGCAUCUACUCGCAGAACCGUCCAGAGUGGAUCCUGUUCGAGCAGGGAUGCUACUGCUACUCGCUGGUCGUCGUUCCUCUGUACGACACGCUCGGGCCCGACGCGUGUGCGUUCAUCGUCGAGCAGACGGAGAUGCAGGUCGUUGUGGUGGAAGACGACAAGAAGGUGAACCAGUUGCUCGAUAAGCCCUCGAGAUCGCUCCGCAAGAUUGUGGUCAUCAAAGAGGUACGUCCGGCGACUCUGCAGCGUGCGAAGAACGUCGGAGUGGACGUGCACACGUUCGACGAGGUCGAGAAGCUGGGCGCCAUCAACGACUACCCGGAGCUGGAACCGAAGGCGUCCGACCUGUGCACGGUGUGCUACACUUCCGGUACGACCGGCAAUCCGAAGGGUGUGAUGCUAACCCACGAAAACGUGCUGUCCGGUGUGACCGGUGUGUUGCUACAGCUCGGUAUCCACCGGCCACGAGUCGGUGACGUAAUGGUAUCCUUCCUGCCGCUCGCGCACAUGCUCGAACGGUGCUGCGAAAACGGAGUGUUCUAUAUGGGCGGUUCGGUCGGUUACUUCUCGGGCGACAUCAAAGAGCUGACCAACGACCUGAAGGCCCUCAAACCGACGCUGAUGCCAGCCGUUCCGCGGCUGCUCAACCGGGUGUAUGAUAAAGUGUACGCCGAAGUGGCCCGAUCGUCCGUCAAGAAGCUACUCCUCAGCAUGGCGCUCAGCUCGAAGGAGGCCGAAAUCAAGCGGGGCAUCGUCCGGAAGAACUCCAUCUGGGAUAAGCUGGUGUUCCGGAAAAUACAGGACGGUUUCGGGGGCCGCCUCCGUCUGAUGGUGGUCGGUUCGGCCCCGCUCUCCACGGCCGUACUAUCGUUCUCCCGGGCCGCUCUCGGGUGUCUCAUCUGCGAAGGAUACGGGCAGACCGAGUGUACGGCACCGAUCACGCUCACGGUACAGGGUGACUUUGUGGCCGGACACGUCGGCCCGCCGGUCGCCUGUAACGCCAUCAAACUGGUCGACGUGCCGGAAAUGGAGUACUACGCUUCGCAGCAGCAGGGUGAAAUUUGCGUCAAGGGAGCGAAUGUGUUCAUCGGAUACCUGAAAGAUCCGCAGCGUACGGCCGAAUCGAUCGAUACCGAUGGGUGGCACCAUACGGGCGACAUUGGCCAGUGGCUCCCGAACGGAACGCUGAAGGUGAUCGAUCGCAAGAAGCACAUCUUCAAGCUGAGCCAGGGCGAGUACAUUGUGCCGGAGAAGAUCGAAAACGCGUACAUCCGCAGCCAGUACGUCGAGCAGGUGUUUGUGCACGGUGAAAGCUUAAAGAGCUGCAUAGUGGCGAUAGUGGUGCCGGAUGUGGAAGUCAUCAAGAGCUGGGCCCAGGAGAACAACAUUCCCGGAACGCUGAGCGUGCUGUGCAAUAACCCGGACGUGAAGCAGCUCAUCCUGAACGACAUGAUCCUCUGGGGCAAGGAGUUUGGGCUGAAGUCUUUCGAACAGGUCAAAGACAUUUACCUUCAUCCGGACCCGUUCUCGGUGCAGAACGGGCUGCUGACACCGACGUUCAAAUCCCGGCGGCCACAGAUCCGAAGCUACUUCGCGCCCCAGCUGGACGACAUGUACAAACACCUUGACUGAACGGCGCCAGUCGAGCCAACCGCGCAGCGGUGUCGCGGUCAUCGCUAAUUAGAAGUGUUUCGAUCGUUACUUAAGAACUGAACUCGUUUUUCUCUGGUUUAGCACAUGCAUUGUCGGGUGGGGAUUGUUCGACAAAGGGACAGCUACAGUUGCGCGAUAGCGAUCGCGAGAAACGAAUGAACCAAAUGCCCUACUUUUUCCUCCUUUCCUUGGUUCCUUGAAUGGCUUUUUGGCAGUCGCUUUUCUCGGUCCACAUUACACCAGCCGCGCACUAAUAAGCAGCACGGUGACUCAAUCGAGACUUUUGGCUCGUUUGGCGUUGCUGCUGAGGUGUUAAAAGUGGUCGUCUCGUAGCAGGAUGGUUUCUUAAAGGGUAUACUAACACGGCUAGAAUUCUGUCAAUUCUUUACACACUCUACACACGAGCAGUUCUUAUGAAGCAACGGGAAGGUGUGAUAACAUAAACCCAAAUUAAGUAGACGCUACAACGCAACUGCGCAAGCUAGCAAAACAAAGAAGAUUCGCAUUCAUGUUACCUUUUAGCAACGUAGAGCAAAUUGUCCUCUUCAUUCAUUUACUCACGAAACGGUGGAAUUCCAAAUCGAAACUUGUCCAAUCGUACCACAAGGAACUAGUGCGCGCAUCGCGAUGGCCUAUUGCUGCUGGGCUGGCUGCUGCAGCUUUUUAUCAAAUAAUAAUCAAAUGUUGGGCAAAAAAAAGGGUUGGCCACAAAACCACCUGACCAAACGCGCCGCGGAAGCAGCUUAUUGCUGGGGCGGGGAUAUCUGCGCCGAGUGCUGCUACUGAGAAGAGGUGGUACUUAUCAUUGUUUCGAUAAAGUCUAGUCAUAUUGCAAAUUCUUAAAUAUCGCGAAUUGAGACGUCUUGGCUCACAGCAACUCCUCGACACUAAACCUAAUUUAUUAUCAUUCACUCCAUGCCGACUGACCGGUGGGAGGUGCGAGUGGUUAGUGAGACAAUAUUUACGUAUAGAGAGCGUGUACGCCGGAACGAAAUGCAUGGACACACGGGCAUAAUAAGUUGCCGUCAGUAGACUAGCCUUCUUUUAUAGUUUCCGUUCAGCUCGUUUCAUGGCAGCAGCACUUAGAGCAAUUAUAUUAUCGAGGGCCGCGGUACACACGGAAGUGGCGUAAGGUUAGCGGCGUUGGUUAAAUUAUUAGGGGGGUUACAAAUUGUAUCGUCAGACAUUUCAGUCACAUUUUACCUAUUUCAAAUCGGUAGAAAACCAACUGACUGCAGAAAGGGAGGACAACAAACUUAAAACCAAUUGAUAAUCGAGUACCGAACUUCAGAAAGAAGAACACUCUUUUUCUCUCUGUAGUGGCCGGUGGGAUCAUUAGUGGGGAGGUAUAGGUUAAAUUGAAAUCGUUAAAAAGUAUAUAAAGUAUCUGCAGCACUUAAUGUCACACGAAUCGAACGGGAAGAGAGACCCCUAAAAACCAUCAUCGUCGUCCGGCAUUAUCAUUGCAAUCGAAGCAAAGGGGGUUAACAGUGAGUUACUAUUGUGUCCUCGUCUUAAUAAGGAUGUUUCGGGCGACGUAGUGGAAUGAGGGUGCGGGCAAAUGUUAGUGAAAAUUGUAGGCUGAGUGCUUAAAGUGAAAACGAGUGUGUAUUUAAAUGAUCUAGCGGAUCGCUGGAUUCUACUAAUGGGGAAGGUGCCGCAGAAUGUGAAGUAACCCGAAGCAGGCGUAUUAGUUGAACUACUAACCCAGAGAGGACAAACCAAUGGCGUCGCAUCCAAAAACGAAAACCAAAACUCACAACUAAACCAACCAACACAAAAACACAAACCUAUUGAGAAUAAUGAACGCAAAUUAAAUUACCAAACAAAUGAAGCAAAAAAAGCAACACAACUUUUUAUUACUGGGCCGCCUAUACUUAGAUCAAAACUUACAAUAAAAUUAUUAUUAGUUAGUUGAAGGUAGUUAAA